GGUCUUUACCCGGAUGUUGGCUGCCCAGGAGUCCUGGAUCGCCACCGGAAGGACGUCUUCAACCCCGUCGCCGAGUUCCUCCAGACACCCGUGUUCCGGCACUUCCCUGGACGGCACGAGGUGCGUGUGUUCCACCACACCCCCGUCUUCCACCAGGAUUCUGUAUUGCAACUCUUCCGUGCGGUCCACCGCCGCUCUGCUGUCUGCACUCUUCCUGGGAUGCCCAACCGCGAAGGAUUCUGCUGAUCCUCUGCGUUCUGCGAGAUCCAUCCUUCCCCCAGCCCCACGCCCACAUCUCUGUAUCCUACCCGCUUCAUGUAUUCCACCAGAUCCCUGUAUUUCACUGGCUGUGUAUUUACAACCCCUUGCUGUAGACCCAAAGCCCCCGGUGCUCCACCGGCCGUCUGUGUUCCAACCCACUCUGUACCUCCCCACCUCCCUGUACUCCACCGGUACUUGUAUUCACCAAGCUCUACGUCGUCUACGGCAGCCCUGGACUACGUCGCACCCUGCGGGUCCACCAGAUGUCCACUAUCUGCCCGUUCCCUGUGUGCAACCUGACGCUCUGCCACAGCUGUCCCCGGGAUACAAGAAGCACUUUGGUUUCCCACAGGCAACAGUCAUCCACAAGACCGCUGAGCUCCGCCACUUCUCCGAAUCCUUCCCGAUCCCCGUGGGACGGCAGGCACUUUUGCGCAGACGAGAAGGGACGUGUCCCCUUCACUUCUCUGUCUUCCUGCGUUCUCUGUGAUCCACCGGGCCCCGGUAUUCCACCGUAUCCCCACAGUUUGAGAAGACUUGUGCUCCCCGGUUCUCUGUAG